UAUCAAUACAAAAUGUUUUAUCAAUACUAUGUUACUCAAACACUUCUACAGUAAAUAUGUUUCUAUUAUCAUUGUAUUGCUUAAACUAAAUAUUUGGAAGAAAUUAUAAGAAAUAUUAUUUCACGAAGUUAAUUCCAUUACAUCUGUCAUUGACAUAUGUAUAGAUAUACGUAUCUAAGGAAUAUUGAUCGCGUCAGAUGAAUACAAUUAUAACAUGAAAUAUUUUUCUUAAUAUGCAAUUUAUUGUGAUUAUUAACAUACAUUUGCAAUCAUGAGUAAUAUUUACAUACAAGAACCACCUACAACGGGUAAAGUAGUGAUGAAAACAACAGUGGGUGAUAUCGACUUGGAACUAUGGACAAAAGAAACUCCCAAAGCUUGUAGAAAUUUUAUACAACUGUGUCUGGAAGGCUAUUAUGACAAUACAAUAUUUCACAGAAUUAUCAAAGGUUUUAUAGCUCAAGGUGGCGAUCCAACUGGUACAGGUGAAGGUGGUGAAAGUAUAUAUGGACAACCAUUUAAAGAUGAAUUCCAUACAAGAUUACGAUUCUGUAGACGAGGUCUACUUGCUAUGGCAAAUGCAGGAAAAGAUGAUAAUGGUUCUCAAUUCUUUUUUACCCUUGGUUCUGCACCAGAAUUACAAAAUAAGCAUACUAUAUUUGGUAAAGUUACUGGAGAAACUGUAUAUAAUAUGCUUAAACUUGAAGAAGCACUGGUAGAUGAAAAUGACAGACCUCUUUAUCCUCCAAAAGUAUUAAAAACUGAAAUAUUGACUAAUCCUUUUUCUGAUAUCGUACCUAGAGUAAUAGCAAACAGAAGUGAAGAUAUAAAGGAUAGUACAAAAAGUACAAAAGCAGGAGUAAAAAAUUUUAAUCUUUUAUCUUUUGGGGAAGAGGCGGAAGAAGACGAGGAAGAAUCUGCGAUAUUAAAUAAACAAUUUACUGGUAAAGGUAAAUCUGCGCAUGAUCAUUUAUCUAAUCCAGAGUUGAGUGCUCAACCAGCUGUUGAACCAGUUGGGCUUCCAAGCAAAAAGAAAAAAGAAGAUCGUAGUAGUGACUGGGAAAGUGAUAGUGAAAUGAAAACUGCAGAAGAAUUAGAAGCUAUAAAAAAAGAGAAAGAAGCAAUGAAAGAAAGAAUAAAAAAUAAACUGAAAGAAACCAAGAAAGAACCUAAACAGAUAAAUAGUUUUAAUGUGGAUGAUGUUGAAGUAGACCAAGAUACGAAAGAAGAAGAAUACUAUCUCGGAAAAGAUAGAGAAGAAGAACGUAGAAAAAAGGCGGAAGAAAUUAGAAAAGAAAUUCGUGACCUAAAACGCGAUGUUAAAAAUGAGAAAAAGGCAAAAGAAAUGGAUAGAAAAUUAAAAGAUGAACAAGAAGAAAAGAAGGAACAGAAAACAGAAAUUAUGAAACAAUACAUUGAGACUCAAGAAAAAUACAAAGAAGCAAAAUCUAAAAUACCUAAGAGGGGUAAAAGUCGCGAAGAUUUUACAAUGGACUUAUUAAAGAAAUUUAAGUCUAAGCUUCAGAAUGCAAAGGAGGUUAGUAGAGAUAAAUCACCUACACCAUCAGAAAAGGAAAGUAACAAAGAAGAAGAUUUCGAUCCUUCUGAUGAGUCUUGGAUGGUCCAUGCGUUACAAUGUGAAGAGAAAGCGCCGGUUCUCGCUAAAGAUGCAAGUACAAAAGACGACGAUUGGUUCGAAAUUUACGAUCCUCGAAAUCCAUUAAACAAAAGGCGAAGGGGGGAAAAAUCGCAUAAAUUAAGGGAAGAUAAAAGUAGACGGGAGGAUGGUUCUCGUCCGAGAGAUUGGCAGCCUCGUAGAUCCGAGUACAAGGUGCCGCUGAGACUGUUGCGAUUAUGUUUGCUUGGAAUGUUUCUGCCGGCCGUGUUGGUCGCGGGACCGAUGUACUUGCGAUAUCGCGUUUAUUCCGAGCAAUUGUAUCCUUUAGCCGUUUCCGAUCAAAGGCUCAUCGACGCCAAAGUGUCAACGACUUGGUGCCAGAGUCAAGUGAUCAAAGUUAACGCGACGUUCAACGCUUACCUAAUGAGCGAGGAACCGAAAGUGGAGAGCGAUGUGCAACACGUCUCAAUGACCAGACAUCUGAUCCUGGAGGACGACAUGAAGGAGUACUGGGGGUUCUAUCUUCUCCGCGGCAGCAGCGUCACUGUCUCCACCUGUGUCAGAUGGCCUGGUGCUUCACUAACGAUAAUUCGCGGGCACAAACAUCUUCACGAAUGUGCUUUUAUCGGCGACGACAGUAGCGAGGAAUUAGAGGAACUUCUGGAAGUCGCCAAAGAGAACGGACUAUUCUUAGUCAAUAAAACGAACGAGGACAAAAGUCCAAGCAACGAGCCCAACAAAAUGAAGAGAGUCCAUCAGGGUAUCCAGUUCCACCACAAGGACCAGGCUCUCCUUCUCAACAACUCGAGACACGCAGCGAACCCCACAGCGCACCACUACAACAGUAAUGAGCUAGAUGCGAAAGCGAUGAGAGCAAUCCUGACUGAGCUGUUCGUGAAAACCCUGGACACCAAAAAGAAGCAGAAGGAGAGCCCUCAUCAUCAUUAUGAGGGCACGUUCGUGGAGGAAGCGAACAUCGAUAAGCCGCCUAUUCAAUAUUCCUCCGAUUCGAUUCUGCGAGCAAUGGCGGACAAAAGCGUGGAACAAAAGACGACGGAACUGCUCGACAAGCUUUCGGGUAAACGAAGCGAGAUUGUUCAGAAUCAGAAAGCGAAAAGUGUAAAAUCGGAGCGAAUAAACGAAGAGCGUGGUGAAUUAAAACAAAAUGACGGCCAGCGGUUAAUCGGAGAAGUGGUCGACGAGUUGCCAAGGACACCAGCGAAAGAAGCAACGUCUGGUGAAGUGUUUCGGGAUGUUUUGGAUAAAAUCAGCUCGUUGGGUUUGCGCGGGAAAAAAAUACUUAGGAGGCUCAUGGAUGAAAUUGAGAAGCGUCCUGAAAGCGAGAAGUUGCGACGGGUGGUUGGCGAGACAAUGAACGAUCGGGAUCUCUCCGAGGCCGAGAAACAGAGGAGACGAAGGGAUUUGAUCUUGUCAUCGCCUCUUCACAAGGAACUGACCGAGGAGGAUGAAGAUGCCGAUGUCGCUGUCGAAGAGGGUAUGUUGCACCCAGAUGGCAUUGCCGAGGACAGAGGUACCGUGAAUGAGACGAUGCUGAACGACAGAAGCAACUCCGAGUUCUGGAGCUCGUUUAGCAGCUCCGAGGAACGAUUGCUGGAGUGCGAUGGGUUGAUACUGAAUCUACCCUUAACGCCGCACCGUCAUUGCACACCGAAACAUGAGAAUGAGCACACUGCGGUUUCUUUCGCGAACACUGUUACAUACAGAGUCCCCGUAAACGGUUACUAUUUUUUCGUCUUCAACUCCGAGAACGAGAUCCAGCCGAACUACGUGCGGGUGAACUUCGAUCUUCUGAAGACCGUUUAUAAUAUCUCGAAUCCGGUCCAUGAGUGCAAGAACAGCACGUCCGAGUGUUCGUUGCCGUUCAAGAUGUUCAGCAAUGAGAGAACGGUUCUAGAGCUACCGUUGAGCGGUAACGAUUCCCAAUGGAACGAGGAGUACGUGGUGGUGUCCACGUGCGAGCCGAGGACUUCGAUUUAUCUGUUCUGCAUUAUUUUGGUGCCUCUGCUCAUCCUCGUGUUUGCUUUUCAUUGACAUCACGCCGCAACGGCACGACGGAAGGACAGUAUUCUGAUCUCGCCGAUGCUCACUUGUAAAUAGUAGGAUUAAGUUGACUUGAUGACGACGAAUCGUCGCGACAGCGCAACAGUAUUUUCCCUUUCCUCUACUUUCGAUUACAUGCUGCGAUUCGCUAACUGUGUAAAUAGUUCUUUCAUGGUGAAACGCGAACGAUUCGAUGGUCGAGUUCUAGAGGUCAAAUGGAUACGAUGGUGGAGUUCUAGAUUAGUUGAAUUCUAAGCCCAAUUGGUGUUUACCCAUUGUGGGUUUGACGCUAAACUACCGGAAGGAUCAGAAUGACGUUUUGAAUGUUCUUUUUUCUAAAUUUUAUAUGAUUUAUAAAAGAAAUGUUAAUAAACUGGGUUAAACGUUAUUGAUGCUGAAUUAUUAUUCUAAGCAGUGUUAGAGUAAAUUGAUUUACCACAAUGGAGAGUAAAGCAUAAAUGAAUUUUAGUGAAUUAACUUAUGUAAUUUCUAUGUACACAGUAGACAAUUUGACUUUUUGGUAAUUUUAGUGUUAACAUUGUGUCGAGGACUCGUGGAUCUUCGAAUGAAUGAUUUAAAAAUUAUAUUUCGAAGAUUGACAAGUAACAUCUGGAUUAUAAACUGCGAAUUUCUGUAAGAGUUAUGAAAGCUUAGGCUGAAGUAGGUAAACUUGUUUGAAAAUGUUUUUUCACUAGUCACUAAUUGUGAGAAAUAGGCUUAGCAUACUGACGAAACACUAAGGAACAAAAAAUGUAUAUUAAUUGUAACUUUAUUUUUAUACUUUUCCGAAUUUAGAAAUAUUAAAGAAAUAAGAAUACAUAUGAAAUGAUGAUGCAGAAUUAGAGGACUGCAGUGUAAUUGCAGAGGACUCAGAAGCUGCGAUAAAUGUCAACUACUUGUUAGAAAAUGUUUGAUGCUGUUAGGUCGUUAAUAAUAAACGUGUAUAUACAUAUUAUCGAUACGCUUUGUACAUUAGUACCACGUGAGAUUUGUUACGUAUGCUAAUGGAUAUGGAUAGAAUUGUAUAAAAUAUUCUAAUGAACAAGGUGUAAUUAAUGACAGAAUUAUUUGUAAUUAAGACUCUAACGAAUGUAAUCGUUAAUUGGCAGCGAAUAUUGAACACAUAAAACAUUCAUGUUCAUGAUAUAGCGCUACGGAAUAUCCUUUGUGUUAUUUAUUACAAUUUGCUUCUUGUUAAAUUAUGUAUAACGUCAUUUUAUUUCACGUAGACUCAUGCGGCUAAGAUUUUUUUAUUGUGAAUUGUACCUUAUCGAUCAUUGUGGGAUUAAAUACAUGUUUAGAGAUUGUAUAGCUGAUUUAUAUUUUUA